AGCAACCCUACUUCAAGCAGAAUAUAAUAUUUUAUACCUGGCUGUAUUAUGCUAAGUUUUUUAUUUACAUGAAAAUUGAAAAUUAACCUAUUUUAAAAUAAAAUAAAAAAAAGAAUGGCAGUAACAAAAGAAAUGGAGUCUUCACAAGAUUGGAAUUUCGGUUGGACAGAUUGCAUAAAUAAAGAAUUAGCAAAUGACAAAUUUAAGAAGACUUUGACUAGAAAACGAAAAAUUGAAUGCAACUCCAGUAUUGAAGAAGAAUUCAAGGAGAAGAAGGCCAAUGUUGUGAAAACAGAAUCAAAGUGUAAAAGCAUGGAGGCAAGCCAUCGUGGACUAAGAAUAAAACCGUCAGUCCAAGACCUAAGCACGCAAAAGGUUUUGAAAAAAAUUGCUACUAAGGGUGUAGUGCAUUUUUUUAAUGCUGUUAAGUCCCAACAGAAAAUGGUGGAGGCUAAAAUGGAAAACGAACGAACAUUUGCGCAAAGGGAAGAUUUUAAGUUAAAAAAUAUUGACAAAACCAAAUUUUUAGAUAUUUUAUUAGGAACACCAAAAUCAGAAUUAGUUCGAUAAUUUCUAUAUAUGUAUAUCUCUUUUAUGUAUGAAUUUUUAAUAAAAAUGAUUGUU